GCUGUCAGUCGCAGCGGCGUUUCAUUUAUGUUUCGUUUCACAACAACCAUUGCAAUUGAUAUUGAUUGUAAUCAACGAAGUUUGUAAUCAUUGCAUUAUUUACCGUUGCAUGAAUAAGUAAAUGAAUUCCUUUGUGGUUUGCUCUAUUCUAAUGCAGCUUUAAAAUUUCCUGGAUCCUAAAAUAUGGCAGCUUCUUCGAAAUCCUCAUUCUACAACAAUAAAGUUUGUUGUCCUUAUCAUCCAGAAUGUCCUCUUAUCGAAGAUUACAGCGCAGGCGAUCAAAUUUGUCCCGAAUGUGGAUUAGUUGUGGGCGACAGAGUGAUAGAUGUGGGGUCAGAAUGGAGGACAUUUAGCAACGACAAAGCAGGAGUUGAUCCAUCUCGUGUUGGUGGUCCCGAAAAUCCGCUGCUAAAUGACUCAGAUUUAUCGACAAUGAUUGGACCAGGAACUGGGGCAGCUUCUUUCGACGCAUUUGGCGUUUCCAAGUAUCUAAAUCGACGCACUAUGAGUAGCUCAGAUCGAACCUUGAUCAAUGCCUUCAGAGAAAUUAACGGAAUGGCGGAUCGCAUAAAUCUGCCAAAAAUGAUCGUUGACACAGCGAAUAAACUUUUCAAGGAAGUCCACGACGGGAAAAAUUUGAGGGGUCGUUCAAACGAUGCCAUCGCCUCGGCAUGUCUUUACAUCGCCUGUCGCCAGGAAGGUGUUCCCAGAACUUUCAAAGAGAUUUGCGCUGUGAGCAAGAUCAGCAAAAAGGAAAUCGGAAGAUGUUUCAAGCUGAUUUUAAAGGUGCUCGAAACGAGCGUCGACCUUAUCACAACUGGGGACUUUAUGUCGAGAUUCUGCGCCAAUUUGGGCCUGCCCAAUGCUGUGCAGAGAGCAGCUACUCGCAUUGCAAAAAAAGCGGUUGAAUUUGAUAUUGUUCCGGGACGAUCGCCAAUAUCUGUCGCUGCUGCUGCGAUUUACAUGGCAUCUCAGGCCUCAAACGACAAGAAAACACGGAAGGAAAUCGGAGAUAUAGCUGGCGUCGCCGACGGGACAAUCGCACAAUCCUACAAAUUGAUGUACCCGCAUGCAGUAAAACUUUUUCCAGAAAAUUUCAGUUUCGUAACUUCGGUCGAUCAAUUGCCGCAUAUGUAAUGCAGUUAUCUCAAAUGAGAUUCUUGGCAAACAGUAUUAAAAUAAAACAGAGACAGAAUUGGAAAAAGCACAAUUUUCACUAAUUUCUGGCUUUUAGUAUUGAUUAAUUGCUGUGAAAGUAAUUUUGAUGUAAUCACGAGAUUUUUAUGUGCAAUAUAGUAACAAAACAAACGUUAUGAAUGGAAAAUUGAAAAUUUUGAAAAGGAAAGAAAAGAAAAAGUUUAGAGAAGCAUGCCCGAACGUUUCAAGUAUAUUUAAUUAUUUAUUAUUUAUAGUACAAACUUACAAGAGUAAGAACUUUAGUAUUAGAUAUUUACGACUGAAAAUAAAAAACAAAGUGCUAUGAUUUGAUAAAUGAAACACGUUUUCUUAAAAAUGGAUUGU